CAUUUCUUCUUGUAUCGCUAUUGGAAGAGGAAUUGAUCGCGAAGAAAGUCCUAAAUUGGUGGGUUAUGAGUUAUGACUUGAUCAAUUACAGGGAAAAUAUAAAAAAGACGGUCUCUUCUGACUCCUCAGUUCUCUCAAAGUAGAAGCAGCUCAUCAAAUUUCAGCACCGAUGUCACAAGCCAAGCUAUCCAUAGCAUCUCUACUUGUUCUAGUAUUAGUCUUGGCAGGCUUGGCAACCAGCUGCGAAGCCACCAACAAUCACCACUGCAACCCUUCCUCUUGUGGUGAUAUCCGAAAUAUUAGUUACCCUUUUCGACUGAAAGAAGAUCCCAUCCAUUGCGGUGACCCCAGCUACGAGCUUGCCUGUGAGAACAAUCGCACCAUUGUCAACUUGUUUUUACAAAAGUACUACGUGCAGGAAAUUAUCUAUGAAAAGUACUUGAUGCGGGUAGUUGAUCCAGGCCUAGAUGAGGCCAAUUGUUCUUCUUUUCCAAUUAACACUCUGGAAUAUGAUGAGCUACAAAUGGCUGAUAACCCACAGGAUGCAUAUGAUAUCUUCUAUACAAAUAUUCCUGUACUUUUUAUUUCUUGCCCUGCUCCGGUGAGAUCUCCUUUCUUUUCAGAUAUCAUGGCAUUCUGCAGAAAUCAUAUGUCUUCCAACUUUUCAUCACCAACGAAUAACCAUUCUUACCUUUUAUUUGGAAACCAUGAAGUAUCUGUACUGAAUGAUUCCUGUGCUGUCAACAUGGCUGCUUGGAUCACAAAGGAUUUUGGUGGAAGAAAAGCUUAUACUUCUCCUGCAGGUCUUUAUGAUGCUCUUGCCUAUGGAUUUUUGCUUGAUUGGCGUGGCAUCUAUUGCCAACAGUGCAGCAGUGGCUUUUGUGAUCGUGACGUGAAUGAUUCUAUCCGUUGCUCACCUAAAUAUUGGCAGUGCGAGCUCCUUCACCCAAGCACAUUCAGGCCCACAUUCGAAUGUCUAAAGGAGAUAUGGUACCAGCAAGUUGAGUUUUUAAAUCAAUACACCGCAAUUAGCAGAGAGUUAGGAAUUCUCAUUGGAAUGUGUCUGGCAGGGAGAUUUUUAUUGGGUGUCCUAUUCCUGUUUGCAUUAAUAAUCUACAAAAUGAGAAGGUCGCACUUGUCUAUGUAUGAAAACAUUGAAGACUUCUUACAGAGUCCAAACAAUCUCAUGCCAGUUAGGUACGCAUACUCAGACAUAAGAAAGAUGACCAAUAAUUUCAAAGACAAAUUGGGUGAAGGAGGCUAUGGGACUGUUUUCAAAGGAAAGCUUCGGAGUGGUCCACUGGUAGCGGUAAAAAUGCUGGGCAAAUCCAAGGCCAACGGGCAGGAGUUUAUCAGCGAAGUCGCUACCAUAGGGAGGAUUCACCAUGCUAAUGUGGUAAAACUGAUCGGCUUCUGCUUUGAAGGCUCCAAAAGGGCUCUUGUCUAUGAAUUCAUGCCUAAUGGAUCUCUUGAGAAAUAUAUCUUCCGAAAAGAAACAGAGACAGCAUCCCUGAGUUGUGAAAAGCUGUUCGACAUUGCUCUUGGGAUUGCUAAAGGAAUUGAUUAUUUACAUCGCGGCUGUGAGAUGCAAAUUUUGCAUUUUGAUAUCAAGCCUCACAACAUUCUUCUAGAUGAGCAUUUUGCUCCUAAACUUUCUGACUUUGGACUUGCAAAAUUGUAUCCAACAGAGAAUAGUAUUGUGUCCCUGACAGCUGCAAGAGGUACGUUGGGAUACAUGGCCCCAGAGUUGUACUACAAAAAUAUUGGAGGAGUCUCGUACAAAGCAGACGUAUACAGCUUUGGAAUGCUGCUGCUGGAAAUGGCUGGGAAAAGGAAAAAUCUGAACCCUUUAGUGGAGCAGAGGAGCCAGAUAUACUUCCCUUCAUGGGUUUAUGAUCAGCUGAGCAAAGGAAACAGUAUUGAGAUGGGAGAUGCCUCAGAAGAUGAAAGAAAGAUGUUGAAGAAGAUGAUCCUGGUAGCAUUGUGGUGCAUACAGAUGAAGCCAAUCAAUCGCCCUUCCAUGAACAAAGUCACAGAAAUGCUUGAAGGAGAUGGUGAACUCUUAGAAACGCCUCCUAAGCCAUUCCAAAAUCCAGACGAAAUGCCUGCACCUGAGGCUGAGGAUGGUGGAAAUGAUGCAGAAGAGACCACUGAUUUCCCACAGCUACAACUAGAUCGUGUAGAUUCAAGUGAUAUGAGUAUGGAUCGAGAUUAAAGUAAAUCCAAGUGUCAUAGAAGUCUUUCUCUUGGACAAAGACAAUUAUCAUUUCUUCCUGAAUUAGUUGUAAUAGUAUUCAUGCAUACAUACGUGUUGAAAUUUUAAUCAAAGAGCUGCUCUUGCUAUUUAUCCCAAAAACAAAAAAGCUGCUUGUGCAAUAUUAAUGUAAUAAUUAUAUUGGAGCAAUUGUUAUUGUUAUUCCUGUCUGCAA